ACAGGGUUGGCUAAAAAUUAAUCCCAAUGGAGUUAGGCGAGCAGAGCAGGCGGGGAUAACCAUCAUGGCGCUUCACACAUUAUUGCUCGUGACUAGUGUUUUGCUAAAUGUCUGCCCCAGUUUUGCGGCAAACAAACUCUUGGUGGUGUUAGUGGAUGGUUUGCGUGAGGAUUACCCAGCUAGAGAUCUCCAUCUUCUGCAGUUCCAAGCUAUCGCGAGAGAGGGCGUGAAAGCACAGUAUGUCACACCAGUGUUCCCUGCCAAGUCAUAUCCCAACUACUAUUCAAUUAUGACAGGCCUUUACUCGGAAAGUCACGGCAUGACAGGGAACUACAUGCACGACGCCGAGAGGAACGUGUCUUUCCUGGUCGGGUUCAACCAGGAGUCGUUUGAGCCGUUCUGGUGGGAGAACGCCGAGCCUCUGUGGAUAACGGCUACUAAGGCGGGGAAGGCGGUGAACAUGUACUACUGGCCAGGUUGCCAGGUGCCCAUACGUAACUACGUCCCGAACAAGUGCAUCGAACUGACAGACCUGCCCUCUUUCGAGAACAUGUUGAACAGCAUCGACGAGAUUGUACAACUCUUUGGUGAUGACGUCAUCGAUAUGGCGGGCCUGUACUACCAGAAGGUCGACAUUUGGGGGCACAGGUACGGACCAGAAUCAGAGUUAGUACGGGACAAAGUACUAGAGGUGGACACCAUGCUCGGAUACUUGAGGCAGAAACUAACGGACACAGGACUUGACCAAUCAGUGAACGUGAUCAUACUGUCGGAUCACGGCAUGGCCUCCUUACCUGACUACAGUGCCACUAGCGGAUACAUCAGUCUAAAAGACUACGUAGAUGUCAACGACCUCAAGAAACCAACGCUGUACUCCGACAUGCUUGUCCACAUCUGGCCAAAGGACGGACUGCUAGAAAAGGUUCACUCCGAUCUGUUAAACGUGCCCCACUCCAUUGUCCUGAAGAAAGAGGAAAUCCCGGAAGACUGGCACUACAAGCGUGGGAAAUACGUCCCGCCACUGCUGCUUGUGAUGCAAUACCCUUGGCUUGUGUUCGAGGACGCUGCCAUACCCUGGACCUGGGAUAACGCCACUCAAUUUCCACGGGGCAGUCACGGCUUCAGCAACUCCAGAAUGGACAUGAAGGGCGUCUUUAUGGCGUUUGGGCCAGAUUUCCGAAAAGGCUACGAAGCGGGGGCGAUAGACAUUGUGGACGAAUAUCAGUUGAUGUGCCGUUUACUGGACAUCAUCCCCCUCCCCAACAACGGGACGUGGUCCCGGGUGGAAGGCAUGUUGUUGGACGGCGCCAUUUCCGGCACUGUGUCCCAACAUGCUUGCGUUGUCUCGACUUUCGUUAUCGUCCAGUUUAUGUCGAUCUAUUUCAGUGUUUAUUGUUUGCUCUAUUAGUUACUAAAUAUAUUGCAGUAAACAAUUUUAUUUAGGCCCUCAAACAAAGAGUUUCACAUCAAUUUUUAGAAAAUCGACAUAUUUUGGACGAAUGUCAACACUCUCUUGCACGCAUAACUAUUUCAAACUUCUACUUUUUUUAACCACUCUGCGCUACGAGAUUCUUAUGUUUUGAUACAACUGUGUGUCCUUGUGAUGAAUUGAUUCAAACAUUUUCGUCUAUGUUUUUUUUAGCAUUAAUAGCACAAAUGUCAUCAAUAAAAAUCAAGUUUAUGUGUUAUGUUGUGCUAUAUAACUCAAUAUUACACAUUUGAAUUUUGUCUAUACUUAGUAUCUGUAAGUUCAAUUUUACUGUAAUGCGUUUGUAUCCACUGUGUGUUUAUAGUUGCGGAAGACUUUAUAAGUCAUGUACGUGGAUAUUAAGUUCUAAUGUGAUCAAGUAUAAGAACUAUACAUGAAGUAAGACUACGAUGUCAAAAUGAAUUUUCGCUGAUGCUAGUGAUUGUACAUGUAGCUAUUGAAAUACAUCUCCGAGAGUCAAAAGCAAACCGGUACUGAAGAGAGUGCUGUGACGUCAGUAAAUCCAGGCAAGCUCAAGUUACAUAAAUCAACAGUGGGUAGUGAAUUCCUAUCCAAAAUCGGGCAAAAAUUAAUGAGCGUGCUAAUGUCAUCCAUAGAAUUUACUUGCUGUGGCCUAAGGUCAUUUACUAGUAAGUAAGGUCAGCUCUUUAAAGCUAUAGAAGGCAGGGCUACUAGAGGUCUGCGAAGGAGUACUUAUAUCCUUAUAGCCUGGUUACCAAACCCCAGCCCGAUCUCAAAGUAUAUAUCGUGCAGGAUAGAUUUUUUUGGGGAUCGGGCUGGGGUAUGGUAUCCAGGCUAUAGCUAGAGUACUUCGAGUGUUGUCUUCCUUUCCCGAGUGGUUGAGCUGGAAACAUAUGAGUGCCACAACCUUUCGUCGAUCCUCUUGAUCUUUAAUAUCAGACAAGAACUCUGAGAACUCCCCACCGUUUGAUGCAUAUUUGUCUGUUAUCAUUGACCAACAGACAAAUGCGUUUUGUAGUAGAAUGUAUGCACGCGCGCUAGUAUCCUAAUCUGUACAAGCAGAGGUUAGUGGGGAAAAUCGUGACCUAUUCCUUUAUAUAUGCUGUCUUUUUUGUCAUCUAUCCCAGCAAUCUCCAUUUGCAUACUGGGGCAAAAGGAGAUUGCUACUCUACCUUAUAUAUAUUGAUAGACCCAAUAGAGAUCCAAAGAUCUACUCGGAGAUUAGCCUAUGUAACAAUAACUCAUUGAGGUAUUAAUUUAUUCGUUCAUUUGUCGUUUAGGCUUUGCUUGUUUCGUUUUGUUUUUGAAUCUUCGAUAUGAUAACCACUACUGAGAGUCAAACAGAAGCCUGGAUGACGACUGACAAAAAAAAACGUUUACCAUCAACCCAAUGUGCAUUACCAAUAACUGAAUAACGCAAAAAGCCUAUAACGUUAUGCCGUAAAUACCCUUUUUAUCCGAACCGUCAUUGUCGGAUGGGAUAAAAAGGGUAUUUAGACACUGACUCACUGGGUUAAUCCACAUUGUAAAGCCUAAAGUCUUUGCCUAUUUUUGUUGUUUCGUUUCUCACUCAGUCCUUAAAUACUAGCAACGCUAAGCUUAACAAGUUACAUAAAUACUGUACUCGCAACUGUGGGGAAAGCCAAUGUAUAUUUUGCUCUAACAAUAAUGUUAGGUGUUUCAAGACACGUCUUUCUUUAAAUAUUAAAGAAUCCCAGCAGUUGUCGACAGUUGUGGGCGUGUCUUAUGCAAAUAUGACAAUCAAACAAACAAAAGCCUUUCUGUCCAUCCCUGAUCACCCCUCGCCCUCUCCGGAACACAACACUAACACGUGAAGAGCUGGCUUCUAUCCAUGCACCACUGUGCGUGUACCGCAGUACAACGUAACGAUGCAAAAAAAUAAUAAA